AUGCGUUCCUUUUCACUUUUCGGCCUCCCCUCUUCGCUCCUGCUUCUUAUAGCAGCCCACGUCAAUGCAGAGCACCCGGCAGCCAUCCGCAAAAUGCCACCAAAUGCCGGCGAGAAGCUGCUGCCCGACGACCUCUCCUUUUCUGACGAUGUCUUCAUCACCCCGCUCUCACCCCGCGAGGAACUUGUCGCCGCUCGCAUGGCCGACGACCCGCUGUUUUACAACGCAUCGCUCCCUUACCGCCCGCCCUUCGCUGAACACUUUGACAGUGCCAACCAUGGUUGGGGGCAGCUACGGCGUGCCGCCGAGGUUCUUCAUAUCCUCGAAUCCAGACAGUCAUGCCCUACAACUAUGAACAGCUGCGAGUAUAUCGGCUCGCCGAAUAAGUGCUGCAUGAGCAAUGAAGUGUGUGUGAAGGUCGAGGAUCAACGGGUUGGGAACGUCGCCUGUUGUCCGAGCGGUGCUUCCUGUGGCGGAGCGGUGGGCGUAUGCCCCAGCGGCACAACUAGCUGCGAUGCUAAGCUCAGCGGUGGAUGUUGCAUUCCGGGUUACAUCUGUCAAGGUGUUGGCUGUGUGCCCAGCCCUCCCCCAGCGCCGAGCACUUCACCCACUCAGACGGCCUCAAAUGGAGGAGGUGGUGGAGGUGGAAACGGCGGCGGCGGCGGCGGCGGCGGCGGUGGAUCAGGCGGCACGACAGUCCGGGAGACCGUCACCACUACCACAGUCUCUACGACGACACUCGCAGACGGCAGAACCACCACUGUUCACGUCACGAUCAUCAUCACAGUCAACCCCGGCACCACCCCCACCACCACUGAAGACCCGACGACGAUUCCUGGCCUUCCGACGACUUCGGAUGCCUCCGACGCUGUGCCCCCUUUCCGACCAACGUCGAUCAACCCAGGCGAGGGUGGCGGCCCGCCCGUGACAUCGGCCUACUGUCCGACUGGCUUCUACGCCUGUCUCGCCCGCGCCGGUGGAGGCUGCUGUCAGACCGGCCGCGACUGCGCCACUACCUCGUGCCCGCCUACUCCCUCGGUCACCAUCAUCAGCAAUGGCGUCACUGUUGUCCUACCAGCCACCGACGUUCCGGAGCCGCAUGCGACGGAGACCUGCGCCGGUGGCUGGUUUCUGUGUGGCGAGGAGGGCGGCCCCGUCCCCGGCUGUUGUCCGAGCGGGUACAAGUGCGGCAUCGCGAGCUGUACUAGCAUUUCACCCAGUCAGACGGGCGAGAUCCAGAAGCAUUUUCCAAACGCAGGAUCUACGGCCGCGGCCUCUCUGGCCCUAUUGAUCGUUUCAUUCGUUUUUUCGUUGCUUUGA